CUACAAAUCACAGUCAAAAGGCAACGCUCGCGGCGCGCGCCUGCUCUCUGGCAUCGGUGGCGCGCAUCGGCCACGAGCAGCAAUAGGCGCGCUCGUUCACGACCUGGAGUGUUAUUAUCAGGACAAGUCAAUUCGCUGAAUCCGCGUUUUACACACAAAAACAUAAAACACACACCAUGUCAACAGAUGUGGAGACUCUGAGGCGAAGGUCCACGGCUGAUAGUUCAGAACAUCCGUGGGACCAUGAGCACAGAGUUUAUCGCCGGAGCUCCCAGUGUGACCGACUGUGUGUGGCCAGCAUUCACCCUGAGAUUGCCGAUACUCUUUCACCCUGUGGCUCACAGAUCAUCCACCACACGCCAAAAUGCCUCUCGGUUCACAGACUCUCCGUACACUCACGGGGUACUGAGGACGCCUGGCAGGAAGCGAGUCUGAGGACCACCAUCCGUGCCGAGAAUGAAGUGGAGGCACACAAACUGGUCAAUAACUACAUGUUUGGUUUCAGAAAGUGGAAGAGUCAUGUUACAGAGCGUCCGAUCGAGGACCGAUCAGACCAGGUGAAGGAAUUGUACUCUGAGCAGAUCUUCAUCAAACCCUAUACAGGCUCGCUGAUCAGCAUUGGUAACAUCACCUAUGUGCUUUUCUUCGGCUGGUGGAUCUCUUUAGCUUAUUUUCUUGUUGGUGUAUUAAUGUUUUGCACCGUUAUUGGGACUCCACAUGGGAAACUUUGUUUCAGGCUGUCAGGUUAUUUAUUGUGGCCCUUUGGGAAAUCGCUCCAAAAGACUUGUAGUCUGGUACGGAAAUGCUGCGUUAAAUUCCCCCACUGCGAGGCCAUUCCAGAGGAAGCAGGUGACAUGAAGAAAUCUCCAGACAACGUGAAGGAGUCCACACCUCUGAUGAGUUCCCCACCCGACCCUAUAGACGUCCCUCCUCCUCCUCCUCCUCCUCGGAUGCGCUCUUACUGGUGUUGUGUGAGCACGUAUGUUUGGCUUGUGCUUGGUUACGUUCCUCUCGCUGUAAUCCACUCCCUGGCCUGCUUCCUCUCCUGGUUGAUAGUCUUCACCAUCCCUGUUGCCAAAAUGAACGGCAGGAUCCUCAGCAUCGUCCUCUUCCUGCCGCCUGACCAGAUUCAAGUUCGACCGGUGAAGAACCCUCCAAAUUGUGAAACGAGGGUUCUCCUAUGCUGCUACCGUGCCUUUAAUUGGUACUACUACAAGUACACAGUGGAUGGUAUUAAUGUCUUCGCUGUCAACCUGCUGUCCCUGGUCAUCAUCGCUCUGGUGAUUGGUUAUGUGGACCAUAAUAAUACUUUUGUCAGGUCUGAGGUGAAGUUUGCCACAGCUGUGACCUCUAUCAUCCCCCUGUCUUACUACAUCGGCAUGGGUAUAGCCAGUAUCUCGGCUCAGAGUAACUUUGCAGUGGGAGCAGUAGUGAACGCCACGUUCGGUUCCAUCACCGAGAUGACCUUCUACAUCACCGCGCUGCUGCAAGGUCAUCGCAUCGGGAGCAAAUGCUACGGAGAGAUCGUUAAAGCGGCUCUCACAGGGACCCUGCUCGGAUGCAUCCUCUUUAUUCCGGGUGUGUGCAUGAUCAUCGGGGGCUGCAAGCACCGCGAGCAGAGAUUCAACAGCCGAUCAGCCGGCGUCAGCUCUGCCCUGCUCUUCAUUUCAGUCGGAGGUGUGUUUGCGCCAACACUGUUCUCUAAAGCGUAUGGGAACCUGGUGUGUGACCGCUGCAGUAAUCCGUCUGGUAACAUGACCGGACCCUUCAUCUGCACGAACUGCCACUAUGAUCUGAGUGAGAACAACCGUUCCUUGUUCCUGAGUCAUAUCGAGCCUCUGGUGUAUACGGUCUCGGUGCUUCUCCCUUCUGCGUAUCUCAUCGGUUUGAUCUUCACGCUGAAGACGCACACGCACAUCUACGACAUCCACAUCAGUGACGCGCACUGCCAUGGUGCGUCCACCAUGGCAAGUGACCAUGAUCCAGUGGUGCACUGGUCCAGAUGGAGGGCUUUGGUGGUCCUGAUCGUGGCUACAUUCCUGACAGCAGCCUGUGCCGACCUCACCACCGAGCACAUCAAACCAAUCAUCUCUCAUGCCAGCGUCUCACAGUACUUUAUUGGUGUUACUGUGCUGGCGAUGGUUCCUGAACUUCCCGAAAUAGUCAACGGGAUCCAGUUCGCCCUGCAGAAUAACAUUAGUUUGAGCCUGGAGGUUGGAAAUUGUAUCGCUGUGCAAGUCUGCAUGCUUCAGAUUCCACUACUGAUCUUCUUCAAUGCUGUUUACGACGUUGGAUUUGUUCUCAUAUUUAGCGACUUGCACCUGUGGGCGAGCAUCUUCAGUGUCAUCCUGGUCAAUUACAUCUUCAUGGAUGGAAAGUGUGAUUAUUUCCAGGGAACGGCUCUGGUGGUAGUCUACCUCAUCCUCCUGGCGUUGUACUUCUUCGCUCCGUCUCCCCGUGGCUGCUGAUCAUCUAGAAUAUUCUCUCAACGUUGUAUUUCUCUCUCAUUUUACAGAAGACUUGUUUGUAUUUACGCUACUUCACCGUAUUUCGGGUGACGCUUCUCGAAUCGUUAUGUGUAUGCACGUUGCUAAAGGUGGGAUUGUAUAUAUUUCUUUCCAGCUACAAUUCACACAGAAAUCUGCAAUGUGUUAAGCACUUAAAGAGGAUAUUUGUUUAUUAGAUUAUAUUCAGGGUCAAUAAAUCUGUCAAAAGGAAAAAUUUGUUGAAUUCAUUUAAAAAAAAACCCAAAACAACAACAAAGUAUUAAAUG